AUGAUCGGGUUCUGUGACCCUGCCCCAGAAGACUCGUACUCCACCGAGUCGUCGUCAUCGUCCACCAGUUCCGAAACCUUUGCUGACUUUGUGCAGCACCUUCUCAUCCCUCCGGAUAUCCGUCGAGACGACUCCAACCUAUUCUCCAAUCUCGAGUUUACAGAAGAAGAGCUCCACCGCAUUCUCAUGCUCAACAUUGAGCGCGUGGAGAGCCAAGCUCUGGAGGCAACUCCGUAUGCAACCAAGGGCAUCCCCUGGAGCACAUUCAAGCCCCGGCAGGAGAAAAACAUGACCUUUGCUUCCAAGGUCGGCCGGUGGCUCAAGUCGCUGCCCAUGCAUCCUCGCAUCCUCAUGAGUCCUCAGGUCUACUUCCCCCAGAAGGUGAAGCGCAAUCACUUCCAGCAGGAGCUGCACGAACAGCUGUUCGAGGUGUGUUCGGUCGAGGACUCGGAUGACGAUGGCAGCAGCCAAUGCGACGACAUCAAGGAUAUGGGCUACGAGCAGGAAAACCCAAAGUACGGCUACUGGAACGACAUCAACAUGAGUCCGUUCCCUGUAUCCUGGAUCCCCCCUUCAGCUCUGUCUUCUCCACACGUCCAGCUGUGCAUCGACCAAAUGGAGCCCAUGGAAAAUAUUGGCAUGUGCAAGAUCAUGCUAUCGACUUCCGAGUUGCUCAUGCUGCGCAAUGAGUCUGCGCCUGGUGCAUGUGUGGGGUCUUCCUACCCUCUGUAUCCUCAUGCUACAGAUUUUGUCGAGGACGAGAUGUACGAUCUCAAGUCAAGAAUAUACACAUACAAUGUGCUGUAUCACGCGCGUCUGGAGAGCAUGAUUGGGGAGCCAGUUCGUUCUCCAGCCACAGAGCCCCCAUUGCGUUCGGACACGGAGUUUCAUAUUCGCAACAUGAGUUUGGCGGACGUGGGUCUUGUCGCCUCGGCUCCCGCGUCUCUUGUUGUCUCCAACUACCUCCCCUACGUCUGCAGGGGUUUACCGAGGGAAAACGAGAUAUGGGGGAGGCGUAGUUCUUCGUCCGUGCAUUCCAGAGAUUUAUCUGUGUCCACUUCUGAACUGAGUGACAUCACAAACAUUGCCGACAUUGCCAGCAUUGCCAACCGACCUACGUCGUCGAAACUGCCGUGUCCCAUUGGCUUGGGCUCUCCAUUUCGGUCCUCUCGGUCCAGACACCAUUUCCGCCGCCCGUUUGCUGGCUACGCUUCUCGCCGGGCUCGAACAGGGUUUGGUGAUGUAGACGGUCCUGGCCCCAAGAAGGUCAGGGUGGACGAGGAUUUGGGACAGUGUGGGGAGGUGGAGCUUCUACGCGGCCCCGAGAGUGCUGGUUCGUCUACGUUCAUGCUUCCCCAUUGA